AGUAUGUGACAUAAGUAGCGAUAAUAUUUAUUAUCUUUUGCAAAACUAGCACAGAAGUGCCCGCGAAGUCAAGCAAUCAUGUCGCUGGCUAAAAUUAUUGUUGUAAUCGUCGUUCUUAGCGCGUAUUUAAACACCCUUAAUUGCACCGACAUUGCGCAAUCUAGCGGUCCCUUAAAAUCGCCUAAUACAGCUUUAGCAACUCAAUAUAAGAAAGGCGAGGGACGCAUGAAGCGCAACGCGUUAAACCUGUACUAUAUGAUUCGAGAAUGCACUAAAUGUAGUGCGUGGGAUUUGUUGGGCUAUGGAAACUACUGCGGAUUCGGCGGGACUGGCACACCGGUAGACGACAUUGACAGAUGCUGUCAAAAGCACGACCACUGUUACGACGACGUUUUAAAGCACCACGACUGUUGGCGCAUUAAUAUCUACAUAAUGCCUUACGAUUGGAAAGUCUACGACGACGGGUCACCCUACUGCGGCGACGAGACCAAUCGGUGUAGAAGCGAGAUAUGUCAAUGUGAUAAGGAAUUGAUAGAGUGCUUGAAUCGAAUUGGAUGCCCCUGA